UAAGGCUAUAAACCAUCUAAAUCUAGGCACCUAACCUCCCCACGCGUGAAAUAUGUGCAAUACUUUAACACGUAUUUCAUGCAAGUUAACAAAUGUGCAGGCCCUGCUAAGUAAAGUUCCCUGUAGGCACUAACAGAAAAUAUUCAGUGCAAAUCCAUAUCUUUUGAUUCUUAGCUAUUAGGCCAUGUGAACGUAACUGCAUGAAGGUAGAAUGACCGCAAUGGGGUCUAUUUUAGAAAUCGGGCAUACUGGUACAUACGUACAUGUACACAGGCAGAGAAGCAGACAGACAGACUACUAGCAUAUAGACAGACAAACAGAGGGCUUGGGAUACAAGGAGGCAGAUGGAAAUUACGCGUUCUAUUUGUCCUUAAGAUAUUCGGUGACCUAGUAAAACUGCUUUCGUGAGAAAACGAUGGACACCUGCAUAGAGCCACGUCAUCGCUCCAAGCGCAUACUUGCAAGUAGGCCGAGUGAGUUGAAGUUUUUAGCUACGGCUUUGGUGUAUUUUUCACUGAAUGCAAAGAUGAUAACAUUAUGAAUAAUCAAUCGAGCACUUUCGGUGUUUGUCGUAAAACACCUCUCUUCGCGUGCUCAUCCAGAAGCAAAAAUGGUUCUCCUGUCAAAGCCGUUUGCUAUUGUUGUAAUACAAACAGCGCCUGUGCUGGUUGUAAGAGCUCUAACGGCGAUCGAUAACUGCACAGACAGUUUGGAGUCGCGCAGAACCAGUUGGAAGUAAGCGGUUAGAUUUAAUUAAUUUAUCCAGCGAUCAAUUCACGAUAUUCAUUGCCUAUUGUUCUGUGAAGAGGAACGGUAUAGACAUCAGCUGAGAACGGUUGGCUUCUCUGGAACCUCGACGUGCUGGGCUGCGAGGCUCUUGUGAAGUUUUGUGACUGGUAAGCCCCUGAUAACGAUCUGUGCCAGACAAAGCUCGCGUACCAAUAACAUGCAAAAUAUUGGAUAUCGCAUUGGUCACCAUGGCAACGCUGCCUAUGAUUGCCUCAAUAUUUAGAUCACGUUCCUAGUGUACAACGUAAAACAAAAGAAAGGGUAGGAUCUGGAUGCACUGAACACCACAAAAACAACGCCGAGGUACUAGCCGAGAUCAAGAUGCGGCGAUGACUAACAGUACACGGAGUAUUGACCAGAAUAUAGAGAACUGCCUAUGGGUAGACAUCAUCGUCAAAUUUCCUGGACCCACCGUUAUAAAAUAAUCACCGGACUGAAGGUCCAAUUUUCGAGGAGAACUAAUUCAGUGCCAUUACAGACAGUCUGUGUGUUUGCAGGUUUUCUAGAUGAGAUAUGGAUUACAUACGGAAGUUUGAUAUUGAAUUGGAGAAAGAGCACUACUACGCAGGAGAGACAUUAAAUGGACAAAUUGUUGUGGAAAAUAUUGAGAACAUAAGAGUAAGAGGAAUCAAAGUGUUUUUGCGCGGCAAAGCGCACGUAGAAUGGAAAAUCAUGCGCAGUGGUGAACGGAGGACAGUAAAAGAAGACCAAUACUUCAUUGAAGAUAAACAAAGUGUAUGGGGGAAAGAGCACAACGACCAUGAUGACAAAUCGAAUCCCAUACUUCACCGCGGAGAUCACAAGUUUCCGUUCUCCUUCACACUGCCGGAGAGUGCUCUCCCGUGUUCAUUUGAAAGCAAGAUAGGCACAAUUCGAUACUACUUACGGGUGACAAUUGACAUCCCUUAUUAUUCCCCGCCCCAGGGUCUGAAGUACUUCACAAUAAUUGGUCCACACAUAGAUUGCAUGGAUGAAAGAUAUCUGACAGCCCUUACGGCAGAGGACAAACUGACCACGUGCUGUUUCUGCUGCAAUAAAGGUCCUGUUGUAUUAAAAGCCACCCUGGACAGGAGCGGGUAUUGUUGUGGAGAGAAUAUUAAGCUCAAGGCUGAGGUACAAAAUGGUAGUGGAAACAAAGUUUGGCUUAUGGUGAGACUCAUACAGUAUGUAGAAUACUUCAUAAACAAAGGCGUACUGGGACUAUCCAAAGAAAUACACCACAGGGUGUGGGAAUACAAAAGUGACCUUGUCCCAGCACACCAUACUACCAAGUUUGACGACAUAAAUACCAAACUCCAAGUCCCUGUGAUGCCACCGACUCUUAUAGAUGUUUGCAAGGUUAUACAGAUUUAUUAUAUACUAAGGGUCUCGCUGGGCCGUGACAAGGCUGGAGAAGAUUUAGAGAUUGAUUUCCCAAUGACAAUCGCCACAGUUCCAUUUAGAAUACCCAAUGCUCCAAUGCCAGAACUUAAAUAUGAACACGGAGUAGACACUGCGGAAGGGGGCAUGUACAUCAGCCCGGAAUUCCAAUUGGGUCAGGUAUACGAUGGAACAGAAUCUGGCGACGAAACAGUAUUAUACAGACCCGUAUAUGCUUGUGUGCCACACGAAAAAAUCACUGUCACUAAUGUGCCGAACUGCCACGAGGUUUGUCAGCAUAGAGACCGAGAACAAAGUGAAGAAUCGGAGUCAAAUGGCGACGCCAUUAAAAUGUCUGAAAUACCAAAGAAUUCAAAAAUUGGAACCGCCUGUCACAAAACUGACCCGUGCUCUUCUACGGCCAAAGUGUGAAGGGUGACACGCAAACAAAUCACGUCUUGUUUAUUUUACAUGAGAAAGAAGGGUUUCCAUUAAGUGAAACGUUAAUGUUAAACAGAACAGGCGAAUCGAGUUGCAAAUGCGCCCCUUGAAGAGACACAUCAAAAGGGAACGUACGUGCUUCCGAAUAUGGGCCUUAAGUCGGAAUGUGCACUGUCAACAACCUUAUGCUGUACGUUUUUGUACAUUUGAAUAACACUUCGAGCGUUACGCUCACAUAGCAUUUUACACUGCAUUCUGCAAUACAAAUACGCAGCAGCGAAUGAUGACCAGCUGAUCACUUGAAUGUAAUAUAUUUCUUAUGCAAUUCAUAUAUGAAAAUAUUCAUAAAUGGAUAAAAUAUAUCAUAUCUACCACUCCUAAAACAUUUAUACGUCAAGAUCCAUAGAUGCGAAUUGUGCACCUUAAGUAUAAAGAUUUUGCAGGUGAAAUAGUGUUAUUGAUACCUACAGUUUGAUACGAGUGAAGUCCUGACUCUUAUUCAAGCUUUUUCAUUAGUAAUGAUUUCGAUCGAUGCGGUAAGCAUGCCAUGCCGUUAUGAACUACGUGAGGAUUGUUCGGGAAAACAGGAAGUGAACGCGCUUCGGUUACAGCACGAUUGAUACCCGUUGCUAAAAUAAUUUUUCCCAAAAAGCUCUCCAGGUUGAAUCAAAAGGACCUCGUGGAUAAGCACUUUUCUAAACAAUAAUUCAUGUUUAUUAUUAUUAUUAUUAUUAUUAUUAUUAUUAUUAUUAUUAUUAUUAUGCUGUCUAUUUGAAAGUUCAUCGCUGCAUAGGUCAGUUAUUUAGACCAUAUCACUGAAGAUGAAUUCAGUUUCAUCCAUAUCCAUGGUAAGAACAGGUCUGUGUUAGAUGGCAAGUUGAGAUUUUAUGUAAUCUAGUCGUCUAAAUUGGCGAAUUUGUUUGAUAUCCGGCCUGCAAAAAGUCGCGUACGGACAAUCUUUUAUGUUUGGACAAAAGCAGGUCCCUAAGGCGGGCUUGUACUUUCCUUAUAUGCAAAGUGUUUAGUUUCAUUUCCCCUCUUUAAUCGAUGGUUGUCUAGUAGCGUUAUGUCACAUUUUAGCUAUUCUCGUAUUUUCAUACACUUUUCAGUCGUUGCAAUUUCUUACAUUUUAAUACACGGUUUUUAUUAUUUAUCCAAUCUUAUCUUAUUUAUUUUAUUAUUAGAUUGAUUUUCACAACGAGUGCCACGCUCGUCUUCUUACUGUAGAUUAACACUUAUCAGUGGAAAUAUAGCAACACGUA